AUGGUCUCACUGGAUCCUCAAAAUAACCCCACGAAGAAAUACUAUUCUUAUCUCCAUGGUGCAGAAUAUGUCCUGCUGGGGCUACAUGAACACCACAACCUGGAGAAGGUCCUGUUCAUGCUCUGCCUGGGCUUCUACUCAGUGAAUGUGCUGGGGAACUCCCUCCUCAUAGGGCUGAACCUGCUGGACCCGCACCUGCACAGCCCCAGGUACUUCUUUCUCAGAAACCUCUCCCUCAUUGACAUCUGUGGCACCUCCUCCUUCGUGCCGCUCAUGCUGGUCAACUUCCUGGAAGCCCAAAGGACCACCUCCUUUCCUGGUCGCCCCCUGCAGAUGCACGUGACCCUGGCGCUGGGCUCCACUGAGUGCCUGCUCCUGGCUGUGAUGGUGUGUGACCGUUAUGUGGCUAUCUGCCAGCCACUUAGGUACCCAGAGCUCAUGAGUGGGCACAUGUGCAUGUGGAUGGCAGUGCUGAGCUGGGGGACAGGCUUUGCUGUCUCACUGCUGCAGUCUGUCAUAACCUGGAGCCACAAUAUCAUCAAUCACUUCUUCUGUGAGGUCUUGGCAGUGCUGAGACUGGCCUGUGGGGACAUCUCUCUCAAUGCACUGCUAUUAAUGGUGGCCACGGCCAUCCUGACACUGGCCCCACUCCUGCUCAUCUGCCUACCCUACAUUUCCAUCCUUGCUGCCAUCCUUAGGGUACCCUCUGCUGCGGGCUGGCACAAAGCCUUCUCCACCUGCUCUGCCCACCUCACAGUGGUGGUGGUUUUCUAGGGGACUGUCUCCUUCACGUACUUCAAGCCUAAGAACCCCUACUUGGAUAAGAUUAUUGCAUUGUUCUAUGGGAUCAUGACACCCUCACUGAACCCCAUCAUCUACAGCCUGAGGAACGCAGAGGUGAGAGCUGCUGCCAUAGCCCUGCUGGGGGGAGACCUGCUCUCCAGGAAAAUGUCGCACUUCUCCUGUUGCUCUCCAACUCCAUCAGGCAGGAUAGGCUAG